CCCCUUCACUUCAUUUAGACUGUCGCUUGGAGUGGAUAUACCGGGAAUGGGAUCUUCAUCGAGAGCUAAGAAAAACUUUAAUUUUUUCCGCGUUUAUGCCCUUCAGAGACUCCUCUUUAUCUUGCGGGAAUAAUUGGGAGCAAACAAAAAACAAGACAUUAUUUUCCAAUGUGAAGAAUCGUAAUUGAGAGUGUAAGAAGUUUCCUGAAAAGAAAUACGAAUGGGAUAAAUUCUGUGAUCAAGAUUAGUAAAAGGGAUUUAAUAUUCGGAACCUUUCCCUAAAUCAAUUUGACAGAUUUUCAAAAUUAAAUAAAUUAAAAAGAGCUCUUGUUUAAAAUAACAACAACCUUGUCAAUUGAACUGCACGUUAAAGUGUUGUUGAUUAAGGCAAAAAUCUAUUAUAGGGGCCAUAGUGAGUGAUAUUUUAGAAGCUGAUUGGUUUUCCAAAGUUGCGCGUGUGUAUGGAGAGUAGCUCAGACACCUGUAUUCGUCAUGGCGAAGUGGUUUAAAGAUUUCCCAACUAGUUUGAAGACUGGAUCCGAUCGGAUCCGUUCUGCUUCGGAAUCGGGAACCCAGUCCCGCCCCAAACCGGUUCUGGCCGUUGGUACUGGUUCGAAGGGAAGUCUGCGUAAAAAUUCUGGAGCUGAAAACGGUGGUAGUGGUGGUGGUGGUGGUGGUGUGGGUUCGCUGCUCCACGGGAGAAAUCGUAAAAAUUCGGCCAUCGAGCUGGGACGAAACCACUCCAGCACCGGCUCGAUGAAAGACGGGAAGAUAUGGGAAAUUCUGAUCCCUGGGAAAAGUAAGAAAAACACAAAAAUGGAAGGGUUUGAAGACCAUCGCACCCUGCGGACCACCAGUCUCGCUGACGCGUACAUGAGCAGAAUGAUCAAGGUUAAUGAUCCAAAAUCCAGUCCAGGAGGAUCAUCCCCGGACAGCGAGAGGGCCAAGUCACCAAUCAGAACCGAAACAAUCAUCCUGGAGGAUUAUGCUGUCCCAUUUGAUGCUGAGAAAACAAGGGAACAGAGAGAGGCUGAAAGAGAAGGAGAGAAUGAUGGCUACAUGGAACCUUAUGAUGCCCAGCUCAUUAUUACAGAGAUUCGCCGGCGAGGCUCGAAGGACCUGCUGAAAGUGUGUGUAGUGUUGAAUGGAGGAGAGAGUGAGGGGUCUGGACCCCCACAGAUUUAUGAUGUACCAUAUGAAGAGGUUCUGGAGGGAAUUCCCUUGACCCGACCUGAGUCCGACUCCAGACCACUGGCGGAGUAUGAGCUGCCCUGGGAGUGGAAGAAGGAGCAGAUUGUUAGAGCACUGUCAGCUCAGUUCGAUGGAGUGGAGCGCGUGUCGAAGGAAGAAUCAGGUUCUCCUACUGUAAAACAGCAGACCCUGAGACAUAAGAGCUGGACCCCCAAAUCUCUUCGACCGAAUCCCCCCUCCCCGACUUCCCCAUCGUCUCCCAGCAUUAUCCCAGACAGUGAGACACCAAUAGUUGAUCCCACCCUGCCUUUGGAGAAACAGAGCUGGUAUCAUGGCAGUGUGAGUCGUCAGGAGGCGGAGGCUCAGCUGCAGCACUGUAGGGAGGCCAGCUUCCUGGUGCGAGACAGCGAAUCGGCUACUAGCAAGUACUCCAUCGCCCUUAAGACGAGUCAAGGAUGUGUGCACAUCAUCGUAGCGCAGACUAAAGAAUGCGGCUACACGCUGGAAAAGAGCAGCUGUGUGUUCCCAAGCAUCCCAGAAGUGGUGCACCACUACUGUACCCAGCGCCUACCUUUCACCGGGGCAGAACACAUGACCCUACAACACCCCGUACCACGCACACACUGAACACACACACACACACAUGCUAAACGUAUACAUAUACACAGCGUUCUCUGGUGCAAAGACAUGAAUGUAAUACCGUGGUGCCUGCCAAUCGCAUGCCAGCAAAUUACAGUUUAACUCUUUUUCUUACUG